AUGGCAGGCUCAUCAGGCAGGUGGUGGCGGUGGUGGUCCGCGGUGGUGAUCAUGGUGGUAUCAGUAUCAGAACCCGCGUUCUCCGACCCACAAACCAACCAAGUAGGCAGCCUGGGUUGCACCCAGUUCAGUUUUACCGAUGUACCAGAUUCUAUCAGGGAACUCAACGCUAGGUUUGCUGAUCUCAGAAACCAGUUAUCCAGCGGCAACAAACACUUCGCCACCUCCACUCAGCAGGCUAUCUACGCCAUGGUACAGUGCAGAAACUACCUCUCCACUGCGGACUGUGUCGCCUGUUUCGACGCCGCCAUGUUAGUAACCCGAAAUUGCUCCAUCGCCACCGGUGCUCUUGUCAUACUUGAUGGCUGCUCCCUCAGAUACCAGGACAGUUACUUCUACGAGCAGACUACAGAUCAGAUUACGGUUCCAGGAACGUAUCCAGUUUGUGGCAAACGAACAGCACGCGACCAAGAUAACUUCAAUGCGUCAGCGCAACAACUACUAAAUGAGCUCCAACUUGCGACGCCCAGAAUUAAUGGCUUUUUCACUGCAGCAAAGCAGGGGCCGGGGGAAUCUGGUGGCGGUGCUACCACCUAUGCGGUGGCGCAAUGUGCUGAAACAAUCAGCGAAAGUAGUUGUCAGGAUUGUUUGUCGGAAGCUUACAAGAACAUACAGGGUUGUUUACCUAAAUCCGCAGAUGGAAGAGCUGUUGAAGCAGGAUGUUUCUUGAGAUAUUCAGACACCCCUUUUUUCGCUGAUAACCAAACAACUGACAUAGCACCCUUCCUAGGAGGAGGAGGAGAGAGUUCAGGAAAGAAGAAAGCUAUUCUUGCGGGUGUAAUCGGCAGUGUAGGAAUCAUUUUGGUAUUAGGAGCCUUUUUCCUAUUGUAUCAACAAUCAGGAAAGCCAAAUGCUUGGAGAAGAGGCAAUAUUUUGGGGUCAAAGAACUACAUAUAUAAACAUUUGAAAGCUGCAACAAAAGAUUUCAGCGAAGAAAAUAUUCUGGGUAAAGGAGGUUUUGGUGAUGUAUACAAGGGCGCCCUACAAAACGGAGAUGUGGUGGCAGUAAAAAAACUGACAACAAUUUCUAGUAGGGCAAAGGCAGACUUCGAGACUGAAGUUAAUCUUAUUACAAAUGUGCAUCAUCCCAAUCUCAUUCGUUUAUUGGGAUAUUCUGGCAAUGGAAAAGUGCUUCUUCUGGUUUAUGAAUACAUGCCAAAUGCCAGCCUUGACAGAUACAUAUAUGGAGAGAAACGGGGGAUGUUGAACUGGAAGCAACGGGUUGAUAUAAUAUUCGGUACAGCCAGGGGUCUUGCCCAUCUGCAUGAGGUGUGCAUCAUACACAGAGACAUCAAAUCUAGCAAUAUACUUCUAGAUGAUAAAUUCCUUCCCAAAAUAGCUGAUUUUGGUUUGGCUAGGCUUUUCCAUGAAAAUAAGAGUCAUCUUACUACUAAAUUUGCCGGGACUUUGGGAUAUACAUCACCAGAAUAUGCAAUUCAUGGUCAUUUAUCGGAGAAAGUUGAUAUCUAUAGUUUUGGCAUUGUAAUCUUGGAGAUCAUCAGUGGUCGAAGGAGUUGUGACAUACGAGUUGAACCCGUAACUGAGUAUCUCCUAGAACAGGCAUGGAAACUGUACGAGAAUGAGGAACAUCUAGAACUGGUGGAUAAGAGUUUAGACCCGAAUGAGUAUAAAGCAGAAGAAGUGAAGAGAAUGUUGGAGAUUGCAUUGGUGUGCACCCAAUCACCCUCCAAUCUAAGGCCAAGCAUGUCAGGAGUGAUGGUCAUGCUUUCAAGUACAGAUGCCUCACUCAUUCGGAGACCACAAUUCAGGCCAACCACCAUUAAUGAUUUUAAUAAGAGGGUGCCAACAGACACUUCAACACUUUCUAAUGCUACCAUUUCAUUUUCUCGUUUCUCGGGCCGCUAGCCUUAUUUUGAUCUUGCUAGCUUGCUUUGUGAUGUGUGUGUAUUUAUUUAUUUAUAGAUUUUUUUAGGGUUUAGGCUUUGUAAUAAAAAGUAAAAGCACAAUGAAAUUGUAUGUAUUAAAAGCAUUGUUGAAGUGGAA